CAGAAAAUAAAUAUUAAAGAAUUUAAUUGACAAAUUUUUACAAAUAAUUAUUAUUUUUGAUUUGAUAUAUUUAUAUGUUAAAUUAGUUGUGUCAUUAAAAAAAUACAGUUUGCACUUUUUGGUCAAUUUUCACGGCGGUCAUCUCCACUUUUCUCAUUUCGCACUUUUUAAGCUGCUUGUGAAAACGUAACACGCUUCAGUUCAGGAACGAUAUUAAUUAUAAAUCACAUGAGCGCUUUGACAUACUCGGUACACUAUUUGCACUAUAGUAUUUAUAGUAUUAUUUUCUUAUUAUUAUUUCCUUCUAUUUUCUACUGAAAGCGGUUUUUAGAUGGUUGCUGGCAGAAUGGAACCAAGCUAAGAACCAAAUUUCUAUUUUAUUGUAUAUUUAGAAAUUUAUGCCGACUACUGUAGUUGUAUUGAUUGUUAUUGUUUUUUAAAAGUUGAUAAAUAUCUGAAUGCAGUAUUUCUAAAUUUUUGUGUAUGUUAUGGCUCCCAUUGCGCAUGCACAUACACACAUAUAAUGUAUAAUAACAAUAAUAAGAAGAAUAUUCUAAAAUAGUAAUGAUAAAAUAUUACUAAGCUGUACAAAGCUUCGGAAACAUAUGUCAAAGGCUGGUAUUCAUAGUCGAAUUUUAUUUCAAGAUCGUCUCAAGCAAUAUCUUAAGAUGCUAAUACAGCUCUGUGAUUGGCUGAUGGCAUCUUAGCACAGUACUUAAGAUGAUCUUAAAUAUAAGACCCGACUAUGAAUACCGGCCAAAGUGUCCAUGUAAAUUAUAGCUAACAUUGUCUCUGACAAUGCUGCUUGAGCGUUUUAUGAGCAGUUUGAAAAUUAUAAAAUGAGAGGAGUAGAAAGGACCAUUGCAAAGAUCAAAAAGAGCAAAUUGACCGCAGGUUUAGUUUAAAAUAAUUUUGUAUUAAUCUUUGCGGUGAGAUUUUAUGCUAAUCAGAAAUUUAAUAUUUAAUUAUUAUAUUCUGAACAAAAAUUCGAACAUUAUUUGUGUUUACUUUAAAUUUAUCUAAAAAUUCAAGCACAUACGAUCUAUUAUCUUAUAAAAUAAUUUAUUUAUUGUUAUUGCCACAUUGAAAUAUAAAAAUACAUUGUGUGUUGAGAAAAAAUUACAGCUGUUAUUUUUUAAAUUUUUAUACCACACUGGUUCCAAAUUUGUUCAUCACUGAAGAAAAUUUAGAUUCAAGAUCAAAGCAUUUGUAAAAUUAUUUAAUUUAUUCACACCUAAUUUAAUUACAUUUCUUAUCUAUAAUAAUUUGUUAAUUAAUUUUUUUAAUAUCAUUACUCUGAUAACUGUGCACAGCAUCGUAUUGGCAUUUAAAUACUGUUUUAUUUUUAAAUUAUAAUAUUCUAGAAAAUAUUAUACCACCAAACAAAUUAUCAACAGAAAACGUUUUCUAGAGUAUGUUUUCGAAGUAUUAUUAUUUUUAGCUUUUGAAAUAUUACAGAAUAUUUCUAGAAACAAAGUAGUAGUGCCAACAUUUGUGAUCUUCUUCUUGUAAAGAUAUAUUGAAUAGAAUAUAUUGAAUACAGACAAAGAAAAGCAUAAGAAAUAGAGAGAGAGAGAGAGAGAGAGAGAGAGAGAGAGAGAGAGAGAGAGAGAGAGAGAGAGAGAGAGAGAGAGAGAGAGAGAGAGAGAGAGAGAGGAGACAUGGAAGGGGAGAAAAACGGAGUAAGCAGCUCUCAAAUCGGAAUGUGAGCUUAGUUGAGCUGGAACACAAUAAGGAACCUACAACUCACAUAGCAAGUUGACGAUAUUUUAAUAUAAAAAUGACAACGCUUUAAUGUAUUCAAAUUAACUUGCUACUUGGAAAUCAAUGUGGAAAUCAAUUGACUUAAUCAAUAUAUAAUUAGUUUGCAUUAAAGUUGUUGGACCACAGAAUAUUUUAAAUAUAGAGAACAAAUAUUUUAUUGUGAUCAAGAGAAUCUUCAACGUAUGUGAAUGAUUUACUUCAAAAACAAGCUCGUGGCACUAAGUUUGUUCCAGGUAUGCGAAUUAGCCUUUUAACCUUUUACUCCUUACUUUGAUAGUUGCGAUAAAAUUGUAAAUAACAAGAACUUUUACGAUAAAAAAAAUUUGUGCAAAAGUUUAUUACAAAAAUCAUUCGAUUAAAUCGAAAAACAGAUCUCCAGCAUUACCUUAACAAUGUAUAAAUAUUAACUGUUAAAAAAGUUAUAGUUUGUAAUAAUUUUUCUCAUUAAAUUUAUUUCCUAAUAAGGUAUAACGUGUAUAUUGUUGCGUAACUGCAUGAUAUUCUUUUUUGUAAAGAGAAAAGUGUAAAAAAUUGUCACUAAUUUAUGUAAAAAUGUUAGUAAGCAUACGGCACAAAAUAAUUUAAAUAUUUCAACAAUAUAAAAAUAUUUAAAAAUAAAUGUUUAAUAAACUAUUAAUACAAUAAAAAUACUCAUUUAAGAAUAAAUUAAUUUUACCUUCAGAGGAGCUUUAAUGUAAACAGCCAAACGCGUCAAUUAGCAACAAAAUAAGAUAAGCGAAAAUGGAGGAGGCUUAUGUGCCAGACAACAAUUCACUGACGAUAGAAGACACUUUACAGCCUAUAGUGUACACCUCCUGGCUCCUGGGCGUCGGCGUUGCACGUCCGCGAAAGUAUCCCAAGAUUAUAACAAUAAUCAUACAUAGUCUUUACCUAGUCCUGUGUUUUGUGAACAUAGUGUACAAUGUGAAAGAUUACCAUAUUUUUCGUGAAGACUUCGAUAUUGAUACUGACAUACAUAAAAUAAUGUUCUUUGCUAACCUGGGGAUAAUUUACGUAGUAACAUUUUAUGACGUUUAUCAUGGAAUUAAACUGUACGACAAGUGGCCGGAGUUAAUGGACAGAAUAAAGAAUCUCGAUCAGAAGAUCAACGAGGAAACACUCAUGAAUGACAGAUCACUAAAAAUCAUGGAAGCGCUAGCGAUUCUAACAACAUUUGCUUGGUCCCUAAUUACGUACAUCUCGUAUUAUUACUUUACAAAUGUACAACACAUUUUCGUGUCUAACUUGUUGUUCUUUUUCAUAGCAGCGCGUUCUCUGAUCAACAGUUUUGUGUUCGAUAUUGUCGUCUACGUACUGUAUUACAGACUCCGAACGAUAAAUCAAUUAAUCGGCCAGUUGAACAAGUCAUCCGAAGCGACAUUAAUUGCACUUAAGAUUAAAUGGAUUAGAAAAUUGCAUAAUGUUAUUUAUGAUCUCGUCGUCAUGAUAAAUGAUAUUCACGGCCUUCAUCUCCUUCUGUGUGCGGUGAACACCUUCACCGUAGUUAUAACUAAACUACUGAUAGUCUAUUUAAGUGUAAAAAGUGUAAAAAAAGAUUACACGGUUAUAUUGGUAAAUAAUGGUAUUUGGAUUCUGUAUACCAUGCAAUUUGGCCUAAUGUGCUGGAUUUGCACGCUUGCGCGUCAGGAAUCCAACAUGAUUGGAAUAAAUAUAAAUGCAUUUGUACUGAAUUGCAAACCUGUGAAUCUUGAUAAAGUAAACAGAGUUAAAAGUCAGUCGUAUCCGGAUGUAUCAAUUGAAGACCCGGGCAGCAAGAAAAAUUUUAAUCGGAACGGCCAUAAUUUGAAUUAUGUCGUUGUGGAAAAUCUCUUGUGCAAAGAUAUAGCCCAAGACUGUAUUAGAAACGAGAUCAGUGACUUUUUGAUUCAACUGCAACAGUAUCAAGUGACAUUUACGGCCUGCGAUUUCUUCGAAAUGAGUAAUGCUUUGUUCUGUGGUUUUAUCGGGGUGAUUGCCACUUAUCUAAUAAUCUUCAUUCAAUUUCAUCAACAAUCUGAACAUAGAAAUAUUGAUAAUGUGAUACAAAUGGCACCGGAACAUAAUUAAGUUUAACAUAUCUCAAGAUAUGGAGUAACGCUAAAAUAUUUUUCUUUUUUGCAUUGUGUGUUAAUGAUAAUUGUUUUUUUUAACAUUAAACUUAAUAAUUAAAAGAAAUAAUGUCUGUAAAUUAUUAUUAAUUUUUUAUAUUAAAAUAAAAAAAAAUUUAUGUAUAAUUCGAGAAAUUAUAUUUUAUAUAUAAAAAUUGAAACACAAAGAAAUUAUAUAAUACAAUAGUAAUAAUACAAAAAGCGAUAAAUACGAAUUGAGUAUGAUAAUUAGAGUAUCAUAUUAACUUUUAAAAAUGUGAUAAUAAAAUUAUAAUUAGAAGUUUUAGUUUUUCUUUAAGCUAUUUUCAAUAUGUUCACUAUAUUCUAUGUAAAAAGAAGCACUGUACAAUAAUCCAAAAA